AUGUCUCUUGCUCCUCAAAUGGAGGCAGCAACGAAGGAGGUGGAACAUAAAAAUGACGAUGAGAAGGCUAUGGCUGUCAAUGACAAAGCUUCAGUGAGGCCCCGUGGAAGGCCCUUUUUUCAAAGAAGAUGGACAACUUUGGACAAACGUUCUGCUGGUCUUCUUUUGGUCUUGCAUUUGCUUUGUCUCUUGGCGCCAUUUCACUUCACUUGGUCAGCCUUCUGCCUCGCCUUUCUACUCUACAAUUUCACAGGCCUCUUCGGUUUGACGCUUUCGUACCACCGACAUCUCUCGCACAAGAGUUUCAAACUUCCUAAAUGGCUUGAAUACACCUUCGCAUAUAUUGGAGUCCUUACCCUUCAGGGCGAUCCAAUUGAUUGGGUGAGUACCCACAGAUAUCAUCAUCAAUUUGUCGAUACAGACAGAGAUCCACACAGUCCGAAACAAGGAUUUUGGUUUGGACAUAUUGCAUGGAUAUUUGAUUCGUAUGGUUUGACUAAGAAAGUUUGUCCGAAACACGUCGAAGAUUUUGAGGAAAGGAAUCGAAAACGAAAGCGUUUUAGAAAUAUUUUUGUGGGAUGUUUGAAAUAUGGAAGACCAAACAACCUGGAAGAUUUACAAAAGCAGGCCUUUUAUAGGUUUCUUCGUACAACGUACAUUCUUCAUCAUUUUGGUCUUGCAAUUGUCCUCUAUGCUGUCGGAGGGCUUCCCUUCCUCGUAUGGGGAAUGGGUGUAAGAACGGUAUGCUUUCAACAUGUCACAUUCUCUCUAAACUCUAUCGGCCACAUGUGGGGAAACCAGCAAUGGAACACCGGGGAUCAGUCAAGAAACAACUGGGUAUUGGCAUUGCUUAUAUUUGGGGAAGGGUGGCACAACAACCACCAUGCAUUUGAGUAUUCAGCUCGACAUGGCCUAGAAUGGUGGCAACUCGAUGUAACCUGGUGGGUGAUUUUGCUGCUUCAAGCUCUUGGGUUAGCAACCGAUUUGAAAUUACCCUCUCAACAUCACAUGCAGAAGUUGGUGUUUCGACGUAAAUGCGGGUGA